AUGAUCCAGGACAACGAGGCCAAUAAAGGACUCUUUCCACACGUCAUUAACCUGGCCACGGGCGCGAAAAUCACAACCAACGCCACUUGUGGGGAGGACGGACCGGAGGUGUACUGCAAGCUGACGGACCACUCGGGGAACAGGGCGCCGCAGUGUGGGGUGUGUGACGCCCUCUCGCCUGACCCCUCGCGCCGCCAUCCGAUCACCAACGCCAUCGACGGAACGAACUCGUGGUGGCAGUCCCCGACCCUGGCUGCCGGCCGCUGGUACGAGUGGGUCACCAUCACCAUAGAUCUGAAGCAGGUGUACCAGGUCGCCUACGUCAUCGUCAAGAGUGCCCUAUCGCCUCGGCCUGGGAAUUGGGUGUUGGAACGCUCGAUAGACGGCAGGGAGUACAAGCCUUGGCAGUACUACGCCCUCUCCGAUGCCGAGUGUUCGUCCUGGUUCGGUGUUCCUGCCACUAGAGGUCGCCCCGCCUACACCUCCGACACCCAAGUCAUCUGUACGUCCUAUUUCUCGCGUCUGAACCCGUUGGAGGGAGGAGAGAUCCACACGUCUUUGGUGAACGGGCGGCCGGGGGCUCCAGGACCAUCAAAGCAGCUGUUGAGUUUCGGAGGCAGAUAUGUGCGACUGAGGCUGCAGAGGAUACGAACGCUGCACGGCGACCUCCAAGGAAGAGAUGCUCAGAACGACGCCUCUGUGACCAAGUGCCGUAAUAUAGACUCCACUAAGUCGAAGGAAAGCAGCCGAGUGACCAGUGGAAUUAUACUAUUGGAUGACCUGCCGCCUCCAUCGCCUCACGGCAUGAUAUACAUGGGCGACUUUAAUGCCCGUCACCCUGACCUUGGUGACGCCUCCCCAGUCCCGAAUCGAAAUGGGCCCCGCCUUCUCAACUACAUCAGAAGACACCGACUCAGCCGCUGGGACACUGGCGGGGCCACCCACUCACACGGGGGAACCUUGGAUUACAUCAUCACAUCCGGUCUUCUGAGUAUGCUCGGUCCCUUAAUGAAGCUUGGUCCGAACAGUCAAGAACCACCAGCCUCCCUGCGCCUGUUCGGGACGCUCUCGCCACUGGAGCCUGCCUUCGUUCCCUACGCCUGA